CAAAAAACUGUUUACUUCCUUCUCUCUUCACAGUUAAGUAGGAACGGUUCCCGGCUCAUCCUUGAAGAAACUCUCCUUCAUUUAUCCAAACCCAAACAUCCAACAUAUCCACCUUCAAAAUGGCCAACCUUCCCCCCGUCUACAUCGUCUCUGCUGCCAGAACCCCCGUUGGUUCUUUCUUGGGUUCUUUGUCUAGCCUGAGCGCCACGCAGCUGGGUGCUCACGCCAUCAAGGCUGCUGUCGAGCGAGUCCCCCAGAUCAAGCCCGAGGAUGUCGAAGAAGUCUUCUACGGCAACGUCCUGUCCGCCAACCUCGGCCAGGCCCCCGCCCGCCAAUGCGCUCUCGGAGCUGGCCUCUCGCAGGGAGUCGCCGCCACGACCGUCAACAAGGUGUGCGCCUCGGGAAUGAAGGCCAUCAUCCUCGGUGCCCAGACUAUCCUCACUGGCAGCGCCGACAUCGUUGUCGCCGGUGGCACCGAGUCCAUGUCCAACACUCCUCACUACCUCCCCGUCCUCCGCAACGGCGCCAAGUAUGGCGACCAGACCCUCGUUGACGGUGUCCUCAAGGACGGUCUUACCGACGCCUACGGCAAGAAGGAGCACAUGGGCAUGUCCGCCGAGCUCUGCGCCAAGGAGCACGAGUUCACCCGUGAGCAGCAAGACGAGUACGCCAUCAAGACCUACCAGAAGGCCCAGGCUGCCACCGAGGCCGGUGUCUUCUCCAAGGAGAUUGCCCCUGUCGAGGUCUCCGGCGGCCGUGGCAAGCCCGCUAUCAAGGUUGACCGCGACGACGAGGUCAAGAACCUCAACAUUGACAAGCUCAAGGCCAUGCGCCCGGCUUUCAUUCCCAAUGGCGGCACUGUCACCGCCCCCAACGCCGCUCCCCUCAACGACGGCGCUGCCGCUGUUGUCCUCAUGUCUGAGGCCAAGGUGAAGGAGCUCGGCGUCACCCCUAUCGCAAAGAUCCGCGGCUGGGCCGACGCCGCCCGCGAGCCCGAGCGCUUCACCAUUGCCCCCGCGCUGGCCAUCCCUAAGGCCAUCAAGCACGCCGGACUUACUGAGAAGGACGUCGACUUCUACGAGAUCAACGAGGCGUUCUCCGUCGUCGCCCUCGCCAACAUUAAGCUCCUGAACCUCGACCCCGAGACCGUCAACGUCUUUGGUGGCUCCGUCGCCAUCGGACACCCCCUCGGCUGCUCCGGCGCUCGCAUCGUCACCACCCUUUCGACCGUCCUUCGCGAGAAGAAGGCCAAGAUUGGUGUUGCCGGUAUCUGCAACGGUGGCGGUGGUGCCUCCGCCAUUGUCAUUGAGAGCCUGCAAUAGACGGACACUCAAUCACAGCAAAACUUCAAGAUCCCCCCUCUCCCAAAAGUAGAAGUCUCGGAGCUCCGAGUUCGUACGGUCCAAAUCAAGUAAUUGGCAGGAACGUGGGGCCGUGACCCCGUCGAGCACCCACGUACACACGCGCAGAGUCAGCGGCUUUGCCGCAUGUGACGCUGGUGGUUGUGCAGACUGCAGAAGACUUGACGCACACCACUUUUUUUUUUUUUUUUUUUUUGGUCUCGCGUCAUGGUACAUGAGCCGAUGGGUGGGCUCCAAGACUACUGAAGGAAAAUUUAAAAACCUCAAAAAGACAAAAAAAGACAAAAGUAUACCAAGUUUUAGAUAUAGCGCAAUGGGCGGCCAUUGCAGAUCUUUUUACCUAAUAUCACGAAUCCGACGACCGC